GCAGAUCACAAAAAUAUGUUUCUGCGCAACAAUUCGGAAAUUUACAAAAAUGUUUUCGAAAUGCAGAACGUCCGAGGUGGGACUGCUAGACACAUUUAAGAUAGCAAAUUUAUCGUUGUGGAAUUGAGUAAUAGUGUGUACUUCGGCGAAUUUUGAAGCUUCACUAUUUAUCUAGAUGCAUAUGAAAUCUGAUUUCGGUAGUAGCGAAAAUUUCCGCUGCUGUAUUUGCUUUCAUGUCCGUACUGGAACUAUAAUCCUUGGUAUUUGGCACCUGGUUUUACAUCUUUUGGCUUUAACACUUCUAUUCAGUGUUCUGAUAAAUCCUGAUGCAAGAAAUAGAUUUACAUCUUGGGCUACAUCUGGAACAGCUACACCUCAUGAUGUCAAUGGUCUUCUGACGUCUGAAUAUUAUAGUCCUCAGUUACCUGAUUUAAGUGCAGGCCCUGCUGCAAAUUAUGCAUUUAGUCAUGACAAGCAUCAAUUAAAAGAUGUUCAUGUAGCUUUGGCAAUUACUGUGUGUACUGGUGUACUGACAUUAUUUUUGUUAUAUGGAACAAUCAGGGGGAAGCCAAACUACUUGAUGCCGUUUUUCAGCCUCCAAGUUUUUGACUUCAUAAUUUCUGCAUUAACGGCUGUUGGCUAUUUUUCAUCAGUUCCCGAUGUGCGUCGCAUGCUGGAAGAAGCAUCUGAUUUACCGCUUCAGAAAGAAUUACUACACUUAAAUCCUGAAUGGUUAUGUGCAAUUUUGAUGAUAGCUGUUGUAAUUUGUAUGAUGUUAAAAGCAUAUUUUAUGGGAGUUGUAUGGUCAUGUUAUAAGUAUUUAAAAUUGCUACAUGUUGCUGAAAUUGUCGGGAGCUAUAUUGAAGCUGAUAAUGAGGUCUUGCUUCCACCAGAUUAUGAUACAGCAACAAAAUCGCCACCACAUGCUCCUUUGUAUGCUCCUCCUCCAUACGUUGCUGAUUUCCAUGGGGUGUGAUAUGUUUCAGAUAUUUGUUAACUCGUCACUUUAAAUAUUGUAGCUAGUCAUUUGAUUUUCAUUCAUUAUGUUUCUUAGAUUAGAGGCAUAAUAUUUGCUAAAUUGUGUACCAAAAGUAAGUAUUUUAAGUUUGCAAAAAAAUUCUCUUUAUAUGUUAUCCCAAUGUUAUUUAGUGGAAUGGUUGGUGGCAAUAAAAUGUUUUGAAUUUCAUAAUAGAUCUCUGUAAAUACAAAUUACUGCCUAUAUUUGUUAAAUUUGACUGCUGAAAAAAUAGAAAAGCUUAUUUGGAUGUAUUUCUGAGUGAAAUUUUUCAGUUUAUUUCAUUGAAUUUCCAACUUUUCAUUUUUAGAGGAAGGGGUGUCUGUGUUAUUUAAAUCUAUAGUAAAUUAUGCUUAAACCUUU